UAUUGGAUGUACAAGCGCAGGGAUGAGAGAGGAAAAAGUGGUCGUAUUCAGACUGUGAAACACGACAGUGCCAUCUCUGACGAUUUUUUUUUUUUUAUUUUAUUACAGCGCGCGUGGCCCUGGCCUAUUUUCAUAACGCGCUGUCUCGGCUUUAUGUAUUAUUUAUGAAAGGGAUGCGGCCCCGCCGAGCGCCUCGCACUCCCCCCGCCGCCGUUCGGGAUGGGGCUGUGACUGUUUAGCUCGACUCCUUGCUUUAACCAAUACUAGACAGCAUGGCUGUUUUGUCAAUUUAGCGCAUUUUAAAAGGGAACCUCGAUUUCCGCACUUUUUCCUCCGCAGUUACACGCGGCACGUCGUGUACAGACGAACCGAGGGAGAGAAUAUCUGAGAUCAGAGCGCACAUCGCUACGACGCCGGAGGACUCUUGUUUUCGCCGUUUCCAUGACAGGAACCCCGGCUGUGAGCGCCAUGGCCCUGCACCAGCGCCCUCUGCUGGCCCUCCUCGGCCUCGCCCACCUGGCCCGUCUCGCCCUCCCUGCGCCCGGCUGCCCGUCCAGGUGCCGCUGCUACAGCCUGACGGUGGAGUGCGGCUCCAUGGGCCUCCGAGAGAUCCCCGCCCACGUCCCGCCCACCACGCAGACCAUCUUCCUCCAGGACAACGCCAUUGGUCAGAUCAGGGUGGCCGAUUUGUCCCGCCUGGGCCAGCUACACUACCUCUACCUCCAGAACAACAGCAUCUCAGCCCUCGAACCAGGGGCCUUCCGCAGCCAGGGCCAGCUGCUGGAGCUGGCCCUCAAUAGGAACCGCAUCCACCUGGUCAGCGCCAACGUUUUUCAGGGCCUGGAACACCUGCGCAUCCUUUACCUGGCCGGGAACCAGAUCACCCGGCUGCAGGACUACACCUUCCGUGGCCUGCAGCGUCUGCAGGAGCUGCACCUGCAGGAGAACAGCGUGGAGAUGCUGGGGGAGCAGGCUCUGGCGGGACUGUCCUCCCUGGCACUGCUGGACCUCAGCCGAAACAACCUGCGCACCCUCCGCCAGGCCUCGCUGCGCCCCCUGGUCAGCCUGCAGGUGCUGCGUGUCACAGAGAACCCGUGGCGCUGUGACUGUGCUCUACACUGGCUGCGCGGGUGGAUCGGCGGGGAGGGCCAGCGGCUGCUGAGCUCGGCGGAGAGGCGGCUGCUGUGCACCGAGCCGCCGCGGCUGGCCCACCGCAGCCUGGCGGAGGUGCCGGCCAACAGCCUGGUGUGCAUCCCGCCCGUGGUGCGGCUGGAGCCCAGGCGCCUGGCUGUGCGGCUCGGGGAGAACCUGCGGGUGUCCUGCCACGCCUCCGGGUACCCCCAGCCCCAGGUGACCUGGAGGAAGGCCUCCCGUGGCAAGGCGCCCCGGGGGGUGGCGGAGGAGGCAGCGGCGGGAGGGGGUGCGGGGGUGACCAGCCGGCCAGGGGCGGGGGCGGGGGCGUCCAGGGAGGGCGAAGCGGAGGGCGAGCGCUUCGACCCGGACACUGGCAGUGGGAUGCUGUUCCUUAGCAAUGUGACUGCGGCACACGCCGGGCCCUACGAGUGCGAGGCCUGGAACCCCGGGGGCGUGGCCCGGGUGACCUUUCACCUGUCCGUCAACGCGUCCUCCUCCCCCUCCUCCUCCUCUUCCUCUUCCUCCUCUUCGAGGCCCCGCCUGCGUCUCCCGUACCCCGCGGGGGCGGACGUCAGCCGGGAGCCCCUCUACACGCUGGGCAGCAUGGACUUCGACGCGCUGGGAACCGCAACGCAGACCGCCAUCGCUGCCGGCAUCGCCCUGCUGGCGCUCACCGCCCUGCUGCUGCUGGCCAUGAUCUACGGCCGCCACCGCCAGCGCAAGAAGGGCCCACAGGAGGAGGGCGUCCUCUACGUCAAUGACUACUCCGACGGCCCCACCACCUUCGCCCAGCUGGAGGAGUACCGCGACGCCCGCGGCCACGAGAUGUACGUGCUCAACCGCGGCGCGCCCGUCUUACCGGCCUCCGGCCAGCAGGGGGCGCCGCCGUCUCCCCCUCCCAGCGGGCCGCCGCGGGACCAGGCUGCGCGGACACUGAGGCGGGGGGCAGGGGACGGCGGGGAGGCAGAGCCCGAGGCCCUGUUCCUCAACCAGGGUCUGCUGUUCGACACGCAGAUCGCCUACGAGAUCCACUGCUGAGGAAUGAGCCCUGCUCUCUGAAACCUCCCUUUUGCCAGGUGUCUUGGGCACAGCCCCCCCCCCCCAAAGAGGGAGACCUGCCCUUUGCUACUCCCUGCUUUCUCACUGAGAAAACCUCCCUUUUGCCAGGUGUCCUGCGCACUUACCUGAAAGCGAAACCGGACUGCCCUUUGCUUCUCGCUGAAGAGACCUGCACACAGUAAGACCACUGCACCUCACGCAAAGGGGGAGGAUUUCUGCUAACAUGACUGUUGCACGGUGAGAGACCACGCAGCUGUACCCACUUCACUGUGAUGGAGCCCAGAAAUGACAUUUCGUUUCUGUAGGACUAGGGCGUCGACAGGAAUGAAGGAGAACAUAUCGCUUGAUUCACUGUGAUGAGGCCUGUGAUGUGGAUGGAACCGUUUUCCACUGAAGAGCAGCAACCAGGCUGGCUCACUGGCACCCGCUCACUCACUUUUCCCACUCUAGAGCUGGAACAUUUGACUGUUGCAGGGGAGAGAAUCCAUGCAGUUGCAUCCAUUGUGUUUAUUCUGAUGGUCCCUAGUGCAGUCUUAUUUGUAAAACAAAUCUCUUUGUUGGCUCAGAUACCCUGCUAUUCACACUCUAUUUGUAUUGAUCAUCUGCGAUUAUGGGUUGCCUAAGCACCUCUGGUGAACUCCAAAAGCUAGGUCACAAAAUAGCAAGCAGCCCAACAUAUUUUAUGCGAGCAUAUGUUUGCAUAAAAGUAACAUUCGCCCUGAGAUUUGUUCAGGUUACAUGAGUCACUGAGGCUCUGAAACACCUUAAAAUGGAGGUCCACCCCUUCCCAUCAUCCCAUAUGCACUCUUGCCAAACACACAUGCCUUACAGUCCCUCCAUGAUUGGUAUAGCUUUGACACUUUAGUGCCACUCAGUCAAACACUGGGACGGUAUUACAGACCCUUGGGGGCAUAUUAAAGAAGACUCUUCUCAGAGAAACCACAGUACCAAACCUCAUUCCCUAAAAAAACUUGACAACCUGUCGCUUAUCUUCAGAUGUUUCCAAAAAAAAAAACUCCUGCUGGGGAGCUGGCACAUUUGCCCCUCCCAUACUGUGUAUUAUGACAUCACCAGGAAGGCAGACUUCAUAAAGUGCAGAACUGCAGGCUGCAGCAGCUUUGCUCUACACCAGUGCCACGAAACACUACGAAAAAAACCCCGGAGGAGACACACAGGCUGGGUUUGUUUUAUAUACCGUCAAUAUCCAGGAGCUGGAAUUAU